GCUCAUCUGAUUCAAAUAUUUCCGCCCUAUUUUGAUGUAUUAGCACAAUAAUAAUAGUGAACUGUUUACUAUACCGAAGAAGAAAUGGAGACUAAAGGGUCUUCACCAUGUCCGUACACGGCCACCGUUCGACGGAACCCUCACCGGAAAGCAAGAGCAACACCGUCCUCCACCGCGCCUGUUUCGCUUCUCCAACCUUCAUCAUCACCGCCGCAAAACAUCUCUUCAUUCCCUAUCGAAGACAUUCUGGCCAUGGAAGUCCCUGAAAAAAAACUUACGGAGGCAUCAUCCGAGAAUCUCAAGGUAUUUAUGCGAAUCCGAACAUUAAACAUUCAACGAGAAACACUGAAAAAAGUAGCGGAAAUGAAGAAGACAAAAAAUGCUUGGCCUAAAAACCCUAAGUCCACCAAUGCGUUGCCUAAGAAGCUCAAAAAGAGCAAUGAAGUUUGUGUGACAGUGAACGAUGCACAUUCUGUAACUGUAUCGCCUCCGCAGAGCUUACAAGAUGGCAAACGUAUUAAAUCAGAAGUUUAUCAAGGUUUUUCACAAGUCUUCUCAUCAGAAGCAUCUCAGAGGGAAGUGUAUGAAAAAAUGGUGAAUCCUUUAGUUGAGGAUUUUCUGAAGGGUAGGAGUGGCAUGUUGGCUGCAUUGGGACCAAGUGGUUCUGGGAAAACUCAUACCAUCUUUGGGUGUGGAAGGGACCCUGGCAUGGUGCCUUUGGCUCUUAGUCGAAUUUUAUCACAAGAAGAAGGCAACAAGAUGCAGUCACGGAGGAUAUUUUAUCUAUCCAUGUUUGAGAUCUCUUCUGAGAAAGGAAAAUCUGAAAAGAUAUUUGAUUUACUUAAAGAUGGGGCAGAUUUGUUUAUCCAGCAAUCAUUGAUUAAAGGCAUGCGAGAGGCUAUACUUUAUGAUCCUCAACAAGCUGAAUCUCUAAUCGCAUCUGGACUUUUGAAGCGUGCUACAGCUAUGACAAAUUCAAACAAUCAAUCUAGUCGUUCACAGUGCAUCAUAAACAUCCGCUGUGAAUAUAAGGAGGUAAAUGGAAAAGUUGGUGAUAACUCAAACAGUGCUGUCCUGACCAUAGUUGACCUUGCUGGAGCUGAGAGGGAAAAGAAGACUGGAAAUCAGGGGAUUAGACUGCUCGAAAGUAAUUUUAUCAACAACACGUCAAUGGUGUUUGGCCUAUGCUUAAGGACAUUACUGGAGCAUCAGAAGAACCCCAGGAAACCUAUGCAGAAGCACUUUCAAAACUCUUUGUUGACCAGAUACUUGCGAGAUUAUUUGGAAGGCAAGAAGCAGAUGGCAUUGCUUCUAACUGUAAGACCCGGGGAAGAAGACUACCUUGAUACUUCUAUUCUGCUAAGGCAGGCAUCACCAUAUACAAAAAUCAAGUUUGAUACCAUUGAAGAACAUGGAAUUUUAAACCACAAUAAGAGGCCUGUGCAAAGAACACCUAGCUAUGUGCAGCUUAAAAGAAUGAAGUUGAGCAAAAGUGAAGAUUCUGAGAUUAAUCAAGGAAGUGAUGAAUGUCCUCAACUUUUGAAUAAAGAGGCGGCUGCGAAAGGAAUGAAGGAUGUCAGCUUGACAGACGUUCAUGUUCAAUCUGAGGAAAUCAUCACUAUAGUAGCAAAUGUGGGGAAUAUUCUCAGAGUUGAUCAGGUUGAAUUGGAAAGGAAAGAGAGAAAUCAUCACAUUCUGCAAAAUUUUGGUAAAGCUUUGUGGAAAGUCUUGAAAGAAUACAAGAAAAAACUUGAGGUGGCAGAAAAUGAAAUCUACACCCUCAGGAAUAGCUUAACUAGUGAGAAAUCUAGAUCUGCUGAAUUAGAGAAUCAACUGAGGGAUUGGCAAAGUAAUUGCUGCUGUAGGGAAGGAAAAAAAUCGUUAGAUUAUGAGGUGGCUGAAAAUGAAACUUGCACUCCUAGAGAUCAUAUAACCAACAAGAAAACAAGAUGCUCUAAACUAGAGGAUGAAUUGAGAGAUUGGCAAAGUAACUGCAGCAGUAGGAAAGGGAAUUUAAGUGAGGUUUCCUCUAGAGAAGUGGAUGAAUUUGAAAGAAAAAGUUAUUCAGAUUUGGAGGAUCAUCAGUCCAAUGACUACAAUCAGCUUGAAAGUUCAAUUGGAGAUGCUAGUGCUAUUGAAGAUCUGAAGAACACAAAUGAACUGAAAGCAGAGAGUACACAUUGGAAUGGCAAAGAGACUGCUGUGUUAAGUGGGUCAUGCUCUUCCAUUGAUCAGGAGUACGGGCGAAAAGAGGGAAGUUUUGGUGCACUAAUUACUAUUGUCUGUUCUAUGUUUGGAGAUUCUAUAGUCAGCACUUCUCAAGCGACUUUCAUAGACAGAGACACGAAUACCCUGUUGGAAGAAGACCAUUCGCAUUUUGAUUCAGUACUUCCAGAACGUUGUACAGUCAGCACUUCCAAGUCAUCUCUCUCCUUUGAAAAUAACAGCUCUUUUCUAGUGGGUGAGGACCAAACAGAAAACAAAGAGGACAAGGUGAAAUCAGAAGUUUAUUCUCGCCAUUUGGAAGGGUCUGCACAUACAAGAAAUGAGAAGUGGCUUGACUCCACUACUGCUCAGCAGCUUGAACAAUCUACUAGAGAUGCUACUGGUGUUGAAGAUCUGAAGAAUCCAAAUGGAAUGAAAGCAGAGAGUGCAGAUUGGAAGGGCAAAGCAGCUGCUGUAUUAAGUGAGUCAUGCUCUUGCAUUGAUCAAGAGUACGAGCAAGGAAAGGGAAGUUCUGAUUCUGUAGUUAGCACUUCCCAAGCAACUUCCAUAAACAGAGAUGAGAACUGCCUAUUGGAAGAGGACCACAUGCUUUCUAUUUCAGUAUUUCCAGAAUGUACAGUCAGCUCUUCUAAUUCAUCUCUCUCCAUUGAAAAUAAGAGCUCUUUUCCGGUGAGGAAGAACCAAACACGAAACGGAGAGGACAGGAGACUAUUAGGUCCAUCAACAACGUUAAUGCCUGGGGAAGUUGUAGGCCAUGGUGACAACAAUGUAGUUGAAGCAGUUACUAAACAUCGUUCCGGCACUAAAUUUCAGAAUGCAGAUAAACCAAAAAGGACUAGGAGACUUCUACCAGUUUCAUCCAUUUUAUUAAAAGAUAUAGGCAGCAUAAACUUCAAGGAUGAGAAUGAGAAACCAAAGGGAGUUAAGGCAGAAAAGAAAGGAGCUUCUGGUGAAAACAGAACUCAGGGCAGCAUUUCACUUCUUCGUUUGCUCAAGGAUAAUCUUGCUAUCUAGUGCAUAGUGCAAAAUGAUAACUGCAUUCUAAGGUUUCAUCUGCAAUAAACAACAGUUUGCUCUUGCAAUUAAGUUCUCAAAAUGCUACUCUGAUUAUUUUUGAAAGCUCAUAAGUUUUUUUGAGACUUGAAUGGAACAAUGUUUGAAAAGAACAAGACUAGACAUGGAAGAGUUCAUGUAGCUUAUGUUUCUUCUGAUGGCUGAGUGAAAUUAGAUCCCUUUUUGGUCCACGAGUUCAUUUAUAUUUAAGUGUCUAGUUUGGAUAAGAAGGUUCAUGGAAAUAUAUUUUUCGUAGAAAGUUUUUUUGGAUUAUUUUUAGUAUUUGGUUGGGUAUAAUUGUAGGUGAUAUUAAUCUAUGUAAAGGGAAAGUUAGAUAAUAUGCAAACAUGACAUGUAUUUACUCUACACAACUAUAGUUUAAGGGGUCGUUUGGUGUGAUGGAUAAAGAGAGUUUAUCUUAGGAUAAACUUUGAGUCCUUUAAUCCCUUGUUUGAUUGCGAAGGCUGGGAUAAGUAAUAUCGGAAUAACUUAUCCUGGGAUAAUGACAAAAGUAUCCCUCUAAAC